GAAAUGGAUGGACUUUUAGCCAGUUGUGACCGAACACUCGUGUCUAGCGCACGUCUUCCGCGCGCCUUCCGUAUUUAAAAACGUGGUGCGACCGCGUGUUAAACAUGAAAGUCCUGCUAGCAGUCCUGGCCGUGGCGGCGCUCUCCGCCGGCAGCAUCGUCAAGGCUCCUGGCGACAACUUCGAGCUGCUCAUCCUCCACAACAAUGACAUGCACGCGAGGUUCGAGCAGACCUCACAGCUGAGCGGAGCCUGCACCACAGCUGACAGGGAAGCCGGCAAAUGUUACGGAGGUUUCCCUAGAGUUGCUCACGUAGUGAAGGAAGCGCGCCGAGCUGCCCACUCCGGGGAGGGUCCCCCCGUGCUGUACCUAAACGCUGGUGACACAUACACAGGGACAGCUUGGUUUACGAUAUACAAAUGGAAGAUAGCCGCAGAAUUCGUCAACGCUUUACAACCAGAUGCAGUUUCACUCGGAAACAAUGAAAUUGAAGGGCAAGAUGUUUCACCGUUUUUACAAAACUUGAAUACCGAAGUACUGGCUUGCAACGUUUAUAUAAAAUCCGCUGAAAAUAAGAUCAAUAUUAAGAAAUCUGCCGUGUUUGACAUAAAUGGAAUUAAAGUCGGUAUUGUGGGUUAUCUAACACCUGAAGAAAAUGAUGUAGGUGACCUAGAAUACAUUGAUGAAGUCCUGGCCAUCACAGAAGAAGUGGAGAAGCUCCAAGCAUCAAAUGUCAAAAUUAUUAUCGCCCUGGGUCAUUCAACUCUAACCAAAGAAAUGGAAAUAGCUAAAGAGGUUGCAGGCAUCGACCUGAUCAUUGCCGGUAAUAAGAACAUGUUCUAUUGGAAUGGAACUACUGUUUCUCAGACACCAGAUAAGCCUAUUGUUGUAACUCAAGAGUCUGGAAAGCAAGUGCCCAUAGUUUCUUCAACAGCCUAUAAUAAAUAUCUUGGAAGAUUAACUGCUAAGUUUACUGAUGAUGGAGAACUUAUGGAAUACAAUGUAGAGCCCAUUCUUCUUGAUGCUUCAGUGCCAGAAGAUUCUUCCUCUUUACAAAUACGCAAAGCUUUUGCCUCAGACACUAUUGCUAAGUUUGAAAGAGAAACACUAGGAAACACUGCCGUUGUUCUAGACGGUGAAUCUUGUAGUCUGGAAGAAUGUAAUUUCGGAAAUUUCGUCGCUGAUGCUGUCGCGUAUUACUACGCUUUACAGUACGAGGGUGAAUAUUGGACUGAUGCCCCGAUUGCUAUCGUGCAUAGUGGGGCUUUUGCAGGUUCUAUUGCACCAGCUAACCGUCCUGCCCCCGUAACUAGGGAAGAUAUCCUCACUGCUUUACCUUUGGAGAGUAACCUCGUCACUCUCUCCAUCACUGGCAUCGGCUUGAUACAAGUUCUCGAACAUUCCGUCUCGGACUACAACGACGCGAACUCUGCGGGCCGUUUCUUGCAGUUUUCUGGAAUUCGUGCUGAGUUUGACAUGCAAAAGGAAUCUGGAUCGAGAUUGGUGGAAGCACUUGUCAGAUGUUCUAGCUGUAACAUGCCACAGUUCUUUAGUAUUGUCGAAUCAGCAACAUACAAAGUUAUAAUGCCUGCGGAACUUGCCAAUGGCGCUUUUGGAUACUCGAUGUUGAUGCCUAUACCACGAGUACCAUUGCCUUAUGAUUUGCAAACUUGUACGGCUGAAUCUAUUAAGCAGAGAACACCAGUAUACCCUGAAGUGGCCGGUCGUAUUUCUCUGGGGAACCACGAACUCGAUAACGGUGUUUCUGGUCUGACACCAUUUGUUAAGAACCUCUCGUGCCCAGUGCUCGCCGCCAAUCUCGUCCUUAAUAAAGAGCCUGAACUGGAAGGUGAAAAGAACUUGAUGAAGUCCGUUACAUUUGAUGUGAACGGCAGAAAAAUUGGCGUUAUUGGUUAUCUAACUCCUGAAACGAAAGUCCUAGCAAUAAGAAAUAAUGUCGACUAUAUAGAAGAAGUUACAGCUAUAAGACAAGAAGCUGCCCAACUUAAAAGUAAAGGAAUCAAUAUUCUUAUAGCCCUUGGACAUUCUGGAUUUGAAAAAGAUUUGGAAAUAGCCAGAGAAGUGGAAGAUAUAGAUUUGGUGAUAGGCGGACACACUAACACAUUUUUGUAUAACGGUACCAGUCCCGAUGCAGAACGGAGUGAAGGACCAUAUCCAACUCUAGUGAAACAGAGCAACGGUAGACUAGUUCCCGCGGUACAAGCUUAUGCGUAUACAAAAUACCUUGGACAACUGCACUUAAUAUUCGAUUCAGACGGGGAACUGAUCAGUAAUUACGGAAACCCUAUAUUAUUAGAUAGCUCUAUACCUCAAGACCCUGAAGUAUUAGACAUUGUUGAGCGUUAUCACAGAGAUAUUACACAAAUAACAGAAACCGUUGUUGGUAACACUUCAAUUGUUUUAGAAGGCCAGUCCUGUCGCUUGAAAGAAUGUAACAUGGGGAACAUGAUCACUGAUGCUAUUAUACAUAAGUACGCAUCAGAAUACAGAGGGUUCGGUUGGACGGACGCUCCCAUAGCAGUCAUCCAAGGAGGUGGAAUAAGAGCAUCUAUAGCUCAUAAUACGUUACCAGCGAAUAUUACUAAAGGUGACCUUUUGCGAGUGAUGCCAUUCGACGGGUUUAUAGUGAAAGGGAGAGUGAAUGGAAGUAUUAUCUUCGAUAUGUUGGAACAUAGUGUGAAAAAGUACAAUCCCGCGUAUGCCCCGGGACAGUUCUUGCAGAUGUCUGGGAUGAUGGUGGUCUACGAUUUUGCUAAACCCCCCGGAUCGAGGGUGGUUCGAGUCUACACGCGUUGCGGUGAAUGUUUGAGACCCGACUAUCAUAUUAUGAAUGACACAGAUGAAUACAACAUCUUGCUCCCUGCGUUUCUAUCCAUGGGAGGUGACGGCUUUUCAAUGUUAAAUGACAUUCAUUCGACAUCUCUUGGAAAUCACGAGUUCGACAAUGGAGUCCGCGGGCUGACACCCUUCAUUAAAAACUUGACAUGCCCAGUGCUAGCCGCCAAUCUUAUACUUAGUAAAGUGCCAGAACUUGCCUCAGAAACUAACCUUAAGAAGUCCGUAGUCCUCGACGUAGCUGGCCGCAAAGUUGGUGUGGUCGGGUACUUAACUCCAGACACCAAGGUCUUAGCAGUGCCCAAUGAUGUGGAAUACAGAGAUGAAAUCGAAGCGCUCAAAGAAGAAGUGAAACAACUGCAAAGUCAAGGAAUUGAUAUUAUUAUUGCAGUCGGUCAUUCAGGGUAUCUUAAAGAUCUUGAAAUUGCCAAAAAGGUCCCGGGUUUAGAUUUAGUCAUUGGUGGCCACACGAACACAUUCUUAUGGAAUGGCACCAGCCCGGAUUCAGAGCAGUCAGUAGGUGCCUAUCCUACAUACGUGACCCAAGCUUCAGGGCGACGAGUACCAGUGGUUCAAGCAUAUGCCUAUACAAAAUACUUAGGUAAGCUCCAUAUGGUGUUCGAUUCCGACGGAGAAUUGAUCAGUGCGGACGGAGUGCCCAUCAUACUAGACCAAGCGAUACCCCAAGACGAAGAUGUUCUCCAAAUCAUUAACAGAUACCGCGGCAAUAUUCUCAACAUUACUGAAGAAGUUUUAGGGUACACUUCGGUUAUUUUGGAUUCCACAAACUGCCAAAACGACGAGUGCAACAUGGGUAACUUGAUCACCGACGCGAUGGUAUUUAAAUACGCAUCAGAAUACACUGGGGAACAUUGGACGGAUGCUCCUAUUGCUAUCAUUCAAGGUGGCGGUAUAAGAUCAUCGAUUGCUCACGCUCGAUUGCCAACUAAUUUAACAAAAGGGGACCUGUUAGAGGUGAUGCCAUUCGAUGGCAGAGCCGUCACAGUGACAGUGAAUGGCAGCAUCCUUUUACAAAUGAUAGAACAUUCGUCACUCGGUAACCACGAAUUCGACGAAGCUGUGGACGGCGUUAUACCGUUCAUUAGAAACUUGAGUUCACCCGUAUUAGCAGCCAACCUCAUAUUAAACAAAGUACCAAAACUAGAGGCAGAGAGCAACUUAUACAAAUCAAUAGUUAUCAUAAAAAAUAACGUUAAAAUUGGUAUCAUUGGAUACCUUACUCCAGAGACAAAGUUCCUCGCUCCAAGAAACGAUGUAGAGUAUAUAGAUGAGGUACCAGCUUUGAAAAGAGAAGUGAAGAAGCUAAAAGAACGGGGCGUCAACAUAUUGAUAGCCUUAGGCCAUUCAGGUUUUAUGAAAGAUUUAGAAAUCGCGAGAGAUGUUGAAGAUCUCGACUUGGUCAUCGGAGGCCACUCGAAUACAUUCCUAUGGAACGAUAAUACUACUUCUGAAAAACCAGAAGAACCCCAAGGACCGUACCCAACAGAAAUAGAACAAGCAGACGGGAGAAUCGUCAGAGUAGUACAAGCUUAUGCCUAUACCAAAUACAUGGGAAAACUGCAUUUAGUUUUUGAUUCAGCUGGUGAAAUAAUCAAAUGCGAUGGAACACCCAUACUACUAGACAAAGACGUACCUAGGGACCCAGAACUAAUUGAAAUAAUAGAUAAAUACCGGAACGAUGUCGAUCGUAUAAACAAUGAAGUUGUUGGAAGUUCAUUAGUUUACCUAAAUGGGGAUUGUCGCCUAAGAGAAUGCAACUUAGGUGACCUCAUUACUGAUGCUAUGUUGAAUUUUACCAGGGAGAAGUAUCACGAGCAAUACCCUGACGUGAACAUAGCCUUGGUGCAAGGAGGUCGCAUACGAACCUCGAUAGACCAUUCCAUAAACUUACCUGGAGAGGAUCCUACGCCAUUCACUCUUACGAGAGGCGAUUGGAUCACCGUCCUGCCAUUCUCUGACACGUUAGCUAUAGCAUCCAUGAAUGGAUCAAUACUUAGACAAAGUCUAGAGCAUUCUGUGUCGACAUGGCGCGUCAUAGACAGUACAGGACAAUUCCAACAAUUGUCAGGUAUGGAAGUAGCCUACGACUUAUCCAGACCUGUCGGAUCUCGAGUUGUUAAAGCAAGAGCGGUGUGUUCAAACUGCGGCUUCAAUGAAUUACAGGACAUUCAAGAUGAAUAUGAGUAUAAAAUGUUAAUGCCAACUUUCUUAGCGAACGGUGGUGAUGGAUACGAAAUGUUUAUGGACCUACCUAAAGAAACUGUUAAUUACAACGAAUUGGAUAGUGUUUUAUACUAUCUUAGUAAAUACAGUCCCGUAGAUAAUGAAGUAGAUGGACGUAUCAAAGUACUUAAUGAAGAUAGAAUAGACAUGGAUAGAUCUAACGUUAAAAGUGAAGGCAGGAGAUCAAACUCGGGAAUCACAACUAAAGUUUUCGACUGGGCUUUCGUACUUACCGUUUUAGUCCUAACCCAAUACUCAUUGAAAAUGUAACUUAGUUUAAUUUCAAAAAUAUUAGUCUAGGAUUUUAAGGAACCAGUGUUAAAAUAACGAGUAGGUAGAUUGUUUGAGAGACCAGACCCUCUAGCCAACAUGAAAAAGACAUUUAGUUUUGAUAAGUCACAUGACUGUUUCCUGUUAUCUAAACACAUUCGUUUUCCAUUGACGUUAUUGAUUGUAGAAACGUCACGUGGGUAGAGGGGGCAGUUAAGUCAAACUGUUUUAUAUUUA